AUGGGAGACGAGGAAAUAAAAGUAUGCAAAACCGAAUUUUUGUAUGUUCACAGUCUUCAGAAAUCUCGGGUAAGAGUUGAAAGAAUUCUUAAAAUGACGGUAGAAUGGGCUAUGGUUCCUGAACCUGAUAGACGUAGUAAACACAAUAAUAGACUCAAUAGAUAUUCGGAUGAACAAAUUCAGUCUGUUUUUAUGUGCCCUGGUAUAAAGAACAAAUUAUCUUGCGAUGAGACGGACAUUAAAAUAAAGGCGGCAAAAGAAAGUCAUAAUACAAAGCUAGAAAAUGAGCUAACUACAUAUUUGAGCCUGCGCCAGGUUCGAGCAAACGCAAUGCAAAAAUUCUUUAAAAGUGAAGUAAACAAACGCACUAAAAAAAUAGUAAUGUCUUCUGAUUUGCAACAAAGUGGCCUUACCAAAAUUAACAACUGGGAUCCAAUUAGAUCAAUCACUGUACUCGCCCAAAGUAUUGUCCAUCACCAUAUUAGAAAACCAGUUUACUGGGACAAAGGUCUCUCUGAGCAAAACUACGUUUUUGAUUUCCAAAAAGAAAUCAUAGCGUACUGCAUUGACGACGUCAGUAUUCUCGCUCGCUCAUGCUUGAAAUUCAGAGAUUUGCUUUUAAAAGAAGGAGGGGUGGAUCCUUUUACAGAAGCUAUUACUCUACCCGGGGCGUGUAAUAAGAUAUUCCGCAGAAAUUUUUUGAAGCCAAAUACCAUCGGUCUGAUUCCAAAGAAUGGCUAUAGGUGUCGGGAUAAACAAUCAAAGAUAGCAAUUCAAUGGCUGAUUUGGGAAGAACGGCAGAGAGGUAUAAAAAUAGAACACGCAUCUCGGGGCAGAGAAGUUGUUAUUAACGGUCUUAAGUUGGACGGGUACUGUAAUACCACACGAGAAGUCUUUGAAUUUGAGGGUUGUUACUUUCAUGGGUGUCCAAAAUGUAUUAAAUACAAACGUGGCACACCUACCUAUGAGGAUCCAUCCCUCACAUAUGAACAACGUUACGAAGCAACCUCGGCAAAAAAUGAAAAAUUAAGACAGUUAGGUUACGAAGUGCUUGUGAAAUGGGAGUGUGAUUUUCGUCGGGAGAUGUCCGAAAAUUCUGAAAUCAGCAAAUAUACUGAAAAACACCCUCUCUUUUCACAAACACCUCUAGAGCCUCGUGACGCUUUUUACGGUGGGCGAACAGACGCCACAAAAUUAUAUUAUUCUUGUAAGGAAGGGGAGAAAAUAAAUUAUCGGGAUAUUUGCAGCCUCUAUCCGUACAUAAACAAAUAUGGAAAAUACCCCAUAGGUCAUCCAGAGGUUUAUGUGGGAGAAGCAUGUUAUGCUUUAGAUCUAAAGACUACAAAUGGAUUAAUUAAAUGUAAAGUGUUACCACCUACAAAUCUCUAUCAUCCCGUUCUUCCAUAUAAAACAAACAAUAAAUUAAUUUUCCCUCUAUGCCGUACUUGUUGUGAAAAUAUGUUAAAGGAAGAGUGUAGUCAUGCGGACGAAGAGCGUGCAAUUACGGGGACUUGGGUAAUGGACGAGGUGACAAAAGCUUUGGAAAAAGGCUAUAAAAUAUUAGAUAUAUAUGAAAUUUGGGAAUAUGAAACGGUACAGUACGAUCCUUCCACAAAGUCUGGCGGUCUUUUUGCUGAAUAUAUUUCUAAAUUUUUAAAAAUAAAACAACAAGCUAGCGGGUGGCCUCCAGAGUGUAAGACUGAUGAAGACAAAAAGAUGUAUAUAAAAGAAUAUUUUGACAGAGAGGGAGUAGAGCUAAACCCCGAUGAAAUUGAGUACAAUUCUGGGCGUAGACAAGUCGGCAAAUCUAUAAUUACUAGCUUCUGGGGAAAACUUGGACAAUUAGAGAACCAGAGCAAAUGUUCUAUUGUUAAUGACCCAGCAGAACUAUUAGAUAUUCUGUCACAGCCUUACAAAGAAGUUAACCAUAUAUUCCCAGUUAACGAGAACACUCUCAUCGUUAACUGGUCCUUUAAAGAUGAGGCAUACACUUCUCUACCGACCAAACUAGGUGAUAGAGUAAUGUACCACGAUACUGAUUCUGCUAUCUACGUCUCGCGCCCUGGAGAUACGUAUGAAGUACCCAUUGGAAGCUAUCUCGGCGAGAUGACGGACGAGCUAGCUGAAUACGGUGAGGGUAGUUAUAUUACAGACUUUGUCUCAGGCGGCCCUAAGCUCUAUGUUUAUAGGGUUUAUUCAACAGAUAAAGAUAAAACCAUUGAUAUUAUAAAAGUUAAAGGGAUAACACUUAAUUAUAGCACACAUAAACAAGUAAAUUUCGAUAAAUUAAAAGAUAUGGUCCUUAACGAUGCCACCGAAGAGUACGUAACUACUCGAAAUAUAUUAAGAAAUACCAACCAUUCUGUCGUCACCAAAGAGGUAACUAAAGUAUUCCGCACCACUUUUACUAAACGGAAACGAAUUGAAAACUAUGACUCUGUUCCUUAUGGAUACAAACGGCAAUGCAUCUAG